AAACACGCCAGCUGACGGCACAUCUGUGACGCCACACUCCAUCCGGGUCCUCCGCGCCUGGGCCAUGACGUCACGGGGUCCAGGAAUGGCGGCGCUGUCUGCAGAGAGAAGCAGCCCGAAGAGCCCGAAACUUUAUUCCUAACAUCACUCAGCGGCUACACGAGCUCCACCGCUCCACCGACGGCCGUAUCCUCCUCUUAAAGAGCCAGCGCGACGGCGGAACCCAGUCUCGACGUUGUUACCGCUCAAUUCCGACGUCCCAGGCUCUAUUAGUUUGGUUGACUUUGCGAGGGCCAAAAGACAAGAGCAAAGACAGCGACUAACGGUACAUAAAAACAACAACAAGCACCCCAAAGCACCCUCUUUCGAGUCCGUCCAUUUCAUAGAAGGAUCUUACUUGUCUUUCGCUAGUUUCUGGUCUCGCUCGUACAGCGAAAGGCACGACACUGGCCUGAUAAGGUGAAGCCACCAGCUGCGGGUUUGAUGCCACGAUGGAGAGUUUAACACUGAGCGAUGUCGAGCAGAAAUAUUACUCUGAACUCUUCCUCUCCUGUGAUGUGGAUAACACCAAGAAAGUGGCUUCCAAUGGCAAAGUUCUGGACCUCUUCCGGGCGGCCCAGCUCUCAACCGAAGUGGUCCAUCAGAUUACUGAACUUUGCGGGGCCACGCGUCUCGGUCAUUUCGGUCGGAGUCAGUUCUACAUUGCACUGAAGCUCAUUGCACUGGCCCAGUCUGGACUGCCCCUGCGCGUGGAGAGCCUGAACAGUGUCAGGGAUCUGCCCCUCCCUCGCUUUGUGAUGGGCAAGAACGAGCAGGAGACGAGGCACGCGGUCAUGUUCGCAGACACAGAGAACCAGGGGCCCUACCUCCCCAGACCUCCAGGCCGAGUACAAGCCAAAAAAGUGUCAGCGCAUGAGAUGAUUCAACCCUGUGUGCCCACUGUAGAUCCACAGCCGGACACCACAUCUCCUGUAGUGUCACCACACCAUCCCCCCACUUCGCCCCAUGCCUGGAGGAAGCACAAACGCCAGGCUAGCGGUGGAAACGUGGACAGACAGCCCUCAGUGCCAGGAGUUGUUUGGCCACCUUUUAGAGAAGCACAGCCAGGACCAGUUACAGGUGAUGGGAUGUGGUCCGCCCAUUCACCCCCUCCUGUCCAGGAAAGUUGGGUCAGCUUUACAGACACGCCCCCCUCCAGCACACUUCCAAUGCAUCCCCCCUCAGCUCAGCCGGAGAGCACAACAGUACGGACUGUGCCGUCUGCAAUGACCACAAAUGAAAUCCAAAGACAGACCAGCGGUUACGAUGACCCCUGGAAAAUCACAGAUGAGCAAAGACAGUAUUACAUAAACCAGUUUAAGACCAUUCAGGCUGAUCUCACUGGUUUAAUCCCUGGCUCUGCCGCAAAGGAAUUCUUUACAAAGUCAAAACUGCCUAUUCUAGAACUGUCUCACAUUUGGGAGCUAUCAGAUUUUGAUAAAGACGGUGCACUGACCCUGGAUGAGUUCUGUGCUGCGUUUCAUCUUGUGGUCGCUAGGAAAAAUGGUUAUGACCUUCCUGAAAAGCUCCCAGAGAGUCUAAUGCCAAAGCUUAUUGACUUGGAUGACUCAGCAGGAGUUCCAGAUCCUGCUCCUGAGGUGGGCUUUUCUGCUUCCCCUGUGGAAGUCACUCCAAAUAAGUCUCCUUCUAUGCCUUCCCUGAACCAGAACUGGCCUGAGCUCAACCAGAGCAAUGAGCAGUGGGAGACUUUUAGCGAACGCUCCUCAAGCUCACAAACUCUGACCCAAUUUGAUUCUAACAUUGCACCAGCUGACCCUGAUACAGCAAUAGUCCACCCUGUGCCCAUUCGUAUGACACCCAGCAAGAUCCACAUGCAAGAGAUGGAGCUCAAGAGAACUGGAAGCGAUCACACACAUCCAACAAGUCCGUUGAUGGCGAAACCACCAGAACUUUCUGAUGAGACCAAGUUAGCAGCAACUAUUAAGUUUCCUGGUACUACCGUUGGAGAUGGCUAUAGCAGCUCAGAUUCAUUUACAUCUGAUCAGGAGCCCAUUUCCAGCGCUGUGAACAGACAAAGGUCUCACUCUGGCACCUCUCCGGAAGGACUGAAGGUUGUGGCUCCGCCCCCUCCUCCGCCCCGCCCCCACGCCUCUCACUCACGGUCCUCCUCUCUAGACAUGAACAGAAACUUUGCUGCUGUCCCUGCAGGUCCGCAGCAGCCGGGCGUAGUUGCCUUUCCCCCAGCAGUGCCUCCCAGACCACUGCCCACACAGACAUCAGUGCCACAUGGUCACCGUUCGGUAGAGGGAGAUGGUCUUCCAGCACAUACCAGCACGUCACCCCAGCAGAUGCCAGAACAGCCCAACUUUGCUGACUUCAGCCAGUUCCAGGCUUUUGCUGUCGACCAGCCGGCAGAUGAUGGAGAGAAACCAUCUGACAGUGGACAGGCAGAAAGAUGUGCAGAAGCCACCGGGACAAUGAGAACAGCAAAAAAUGACGUUCAGGCAGAGGAACGAAAUGCAAACACUGUCAACUCUGCCAAAGUAUCCACUCCAUUGGCCCCACCCCCUAAACCUGUUCGUCGAAGACUGAAAUCAGAAGAUGAGCUCAGACCAGAUGUGGAGGACCUUCCGCAAAAGUCUAACGUCAUAGCCACUGUUCUAGCAACCCAGCCCUCAAUUCCACGGUCUAUCGGUAAAGAUAAAAAGGCCAUCCAGGCUUCCAUUAGAAGAAACAAAGAAACAAAUACGGUUUUAGCCAGACUCAACAGUGAAUUACAGCAGCAAUUGAAGGACCUGCUAGAAGAAAGAAUAUCGCUUGAAGUGCAACUGGAACAGCUUAGACCUUUUUCGCAUUUGUAAACAGAGUGUGUGUUCGCUUCAGAUUGAAUGUUUGUGUGUAUGAAAGAGUGAUUACCCCAGUUUUUUCUUUUUAUUUGUUUGUUUGUUUGUUUGUUUGUUUGUUUGUUUUUUGAGUGGUCUGUUGGAUCCUCUGGCAGGAUGUCCAUUUCACCCGUCUCCACUCCUCCGCUGACUGUGUGAGAAGAGACACAAUCGCUGCUUCCUCCAGACUGUUCUGUCUCACACAGCCAUUCAGAGGGAUGGGGUCCAGGAGCAUUAUCCGUUAUGGCACUUUGAUGCAACAGAAAGUCUGAGCGGUGGUACGUGUAACACCCCAGACAUUGCAGGUUAUGUUUAGCACGUCAUGGCCGGCAGGAGGCUGUAAUUCUGGUAAACAUGAAGGAGCCUCUUCCCCUCCUGUUCUCCAGAGUCCCGAGGCAGCUUGUCAUGUUCUUCCAUGUUAGAGGCACCCGUGUGUGCUCAGACAAUCAUGUUAGGCCAUGCACUGGUCAUAAAGAGGGGAGAACAGAUUUUUGGGAGAUCAUACUACUUCAGAAGUACGCUUUAGAAAACAGGCACUUGUUAAAGGGACAGUUCACUCAAAAAUGUCAAUUCUGUUGUAAUUUAUUCACUCUCAUGUCAUUACAACCUGUAUGACUUUACUUUUUUCGAAGUAUAUUCCUAGCUGAUCUUUUGCAAAUAAGUAUUCCAAGCUCAAAAAGUGCAAAAGAAACACCAAGAAAGUGUUAUAUUUAAAUUAUUUUUUGGUCAUUUCAUUGCUGUGUGCAAGGAACGGACUCUGAUUUUCAUUGAGUUGAACUGGGUCAAAUUUGUGAAUGAUUCAUUUUUUUUUAAUCAAAUGAUUCAAAUAAUCAAAUGAAUCUUUUGUUCACAAAUCAGACAGUUACUUUUCUUACAGCAAAGUGAAUAACAACUUCAAUUUCAGUCUGUUCCUUGUGCAAAAGCUGUUUUAUGCCUUCAGUAAUUUAGAAAUAUAAUGCAAAGGUUGUAUGGGAUACCUAGCCCUUACAUUAUAUUGAAACGACUGGCCAGGAUAUUCUUCAAAAAUUCACGUUUUGUGUCACACGAAGAAAAAUGUGUUUUAAAAAAAUGACAGAAUUGCUGUUUUUGGAUGGACUGCCUCUUUAAUAUUUCUUCCUCGCCAUACCGGUGGACGGCACAUCUCUGUGUUCAUGUGCGUGAGAGAGUUUGAGGACAACAGUUACAAAUGUAUGGCAUCAAAGACUGCUUUCUUUUCUUCUCUUAACACACUGUGCUGUGUUACUACAAAACGACCCGUUCAACCUUGUACAGUCUUUCACCCUGGGAUGGCAGAUGUCUUUCUCUCAGCCUCAAAUGUUGGCUGUUCCUCAUACGGUACAUGAUCCGAUUCAGUCCUGCAUCAUAAACUCUGUGACAUCAUCCGUACGUAAACCUGAGACCUGAAACAAUGACUGCACUUUGUCCCCUUCGGCUUUCAUUUGUCUUUUCUCGGCACUGUUUUUGCAUGUCGUUCACGAUGUCAUUUUGUAUAAAACAGCUCUUAACGAUGAACCACUUGAUUUGUAUCUGUAACGUCUGAACUAAUGUGACGUUUGUGUUGUUACAUAGACUUGCACCAUGUCUUUCAUUCGUUCGUUUGUUUGUUUUCGACCGAUGUCCGUGUUUUUCUUUUACUCAUCCUUAAAGCCUUACUUCCUGGUGUGCAGGUUUUCACAGUAAUGUACCCCCCCAUGUUAAAUCAAGGUGAGCCUUUUCUCCCUGCUGUUCAGGCUGAUUUACUGUAUCAGGGGUAUGUUGUAUAUUGUAUGAUACACACCUUUUGAUCUCAUAUGUAAAUUUGCAUUAAUUGCUGACUAACAGCAAAUAUUCUAUUUAAUUGCUUAUAUAAUGGCUGUGGGAUCAUAAAUGUUUAACUGCAUGGAUGUGUCUCUGCAGAAUGAACUAGCAGCUGUGUGAUUUUUACACAAAAUAAAAAUGGCACAAUAUUUUAAUAAUUUC